AUGGGUUGGUGGAAUGGAAACAACAAUGAUGACGAUGCAAAUAAAAAUUAUAGCUAAAAUGUCAAUUCAACUUUUAAAUCUUCGACUACUACAAGGUAAUGCAGACCUGAUCCUUAAGAUUAAAAUUUUAUGAUCUGCAAAAAUAUCGUAAAGGAAAGUUCAACUAUUAAUGGUUAGAGGAAUGAUGAAACAAAAGAAUAUGAAGAAAGACUCCCCAUAUCUCAAAAUUAUGUAAGAAGGAACCAAAACUACAAUUAGAAUAAUCCAGAAUUUGAUUUUAAUUAAAUGGAUGAAGAAAUUGGAUAAAUGUUUGAGAAUUUCACUAAUAACUUCUUUAAAAAUCUACCAACUGUUGUAUUUGGACCCAUGAGAGUAGAUUUUUAAAAUCCCAAUUACGAAACAAGAGCAAAUAACAACUAUACUAAUUAGCAAAAACCAUAACAAUAACAAUAGCAAUAUCAAUAAUAACCUAGAGUCCAAAAGAAGAAGGAUGACAUCUAUGAUUGUUGAGUUUUACAUAUUAUAUUUAUUAUUAUUAAAUCGAAUGAA